CUUUCUUCCUUUCUUUUUUCUUCUAUAAUAAUUAUAAGGAAGGAUAAAAAAAAAUGAAAUCUUUGUCAAUCAUAUCAAGUAUUGCUCUUUUGUUCAAUGUUAUUAUGGCACAAGAAGGUUCAACUGUGCCUGUUCCUUCAACACCUGCUACCUCAACUUAUUCUUGUGAUCCUAAUACUUGCAAAAUCGAGAAUAAUUGUUACUGUGCAUCCAAAUUACCUCCUGGUGGACUUUCUCCUUCGGAUAUACCUCAGUUUGUUACUGUUACCUUUGAUGAUUCUGUUCAAGAAGCCCUCUACAAAACAGCAUUAUCUAUGGUGAAUGUUACUAAUCCAAAUGGUUGUCCCGGUCACGGUACCUGGUUUGUCUCUAUGGAAUAUACAGACUUUUCAUUGGUUCAACAGUGGUAUGCUGCUGGAAACGAAAUAGCAGAUCAUACAUUCUCUCAUGUCGGUUCUCCUUCAGCUCAGGAAAUUUCUAGCUGUAGAUCAAUGCUAAAUGCAUAUGGUGGUAUCCCUAACAGUAAACUCCAAGGUUUCCGUGCACCUUUCUUAAAUUAUACAAAGGAUACUCUCGCUAUUUUAGAUCAGCAAAACUUCUUGUAUGAUUCUAGUUCAAGUGCUGUCACUGAGGAUGCCUAUUGGCCUUAUACCCUUGAUAAUGGUAUGGCAAACGACUGCUGGACAGGCAUUUGUGGUGCUGGUGAAGUUAAGCUUCCAGGUCUGUGGGAGAUUCCUAUGUAUUCUGUUCUUAGUAAUACAAAUGUUCCUCAACUUAUGGAUGUAUAUCUUGCCGGUGCUCCCGCUGAUACCAAAAAAUGGAGUGAAGACGCUUUUAAUAGCCAUUAUAAUGGCAACCGUCAACCUUUCGGUAUUUAUGUUCAUCCGACUCACUUAACAACUUAUGCUGGGCUUCCUGAUCCUAAAGAUACGCUUGCUAGUGUCCUUGAAUUUAUUCAAGAAAUUUCCUCUAAACCUGAUGUUUGGUUUGUAACCAACCAACAAUUAUUAGAAUAUAUGAAGAAACCUGUCAAAGCCUCUGAAUUAGGCAAUCAACCCUACAUGCAAUGUAAACAACCUGUUAUCCCUAAAGAAAUUUGUAAUGGUCUUGAUGACGAUCAUAAUGGUGUUAUAGAUGACAGCCUUCUCAAUAGCUGCAAUUUUGGUCAAACGACUACAAAAACUUGCUUUAAUUGUCCCGGCUCAGCACCUACAUUAGAUAAUCCUACACCUGCCUCAUCUGUACAAAAUGGAACUUCAGGCUAUCGUUACCCUAUUUCUGAUACUUGCGAUACUACAUGGUGGGAUCCUAUUGGAAACACAUGUCUUUGUACAACUUCUGAUUGUCAGCUAAAGAGUGUUGCCGUCUCAAAACCUAAUUCUAACACUAAUACUACUGGAGCAAGCUCUACAACUGAUAAUGCUACAACUACUUCUAAGGCUGAUAAAGAUUCAAGUGGAUCUUCUAGUUUAAAUACUUCAUUUGGUUAUGCUGCUUCCAUUACUUUAAUAGCCGCUUUACUUACUAAUCAUUUUUUUUAAUUAUACACAUGUAUUUUUCUUUUAGUUAAAUUUUUGAGAAAAUAAAUACAUUAUUUAUAGAAGGCAACAAACAGUCAAUAAUUAAACAAAUAUCAAUAUGUAUAUAUACAUAUAUGUAUAUAUA